AUGGAACAGAUAACGCUGAAUGUUGGCGGUGUCAAGUUUGAAACAUAUAGAUCCACAUUAACAGCAUAUCCCAGAACGCUCCUUGGCCAAAUGUUUCAGCACAUGAUCAUAACGCCUACGGACAAUGAAUACUUUUUUGACAGAGAUGGUCACAUCUUCCGGUACAUAAUGCAAUUCUAUCGAACGGGCAAAGUAUUCUGGCCGGACGAGAAUAUGAAAGAUUCAAUGUAUGCGCCGUUCAUAUCUCACGAAGAGCUGCAGAUCGAGUACGACUAUUUUGUAAUUCCGACCGGGAAGCCGUGGAAACAGCC